UGUUAUUGUGUUGGACCAGUCCAGCGCUGGACACUAGACUGACCCUAAUGAUAAAGGAGAAUUGGUAGAUCGGGAGGACCAAAUUUCAACCUUAUGCCUUCAAAUUGGAGGGCCUACUUUGGCUAGGCCCUUGGGUCUCUGCAAUGGUAAAGGGUUAUGACAUUUACUGAUCUUAUUGCUGACUCCUUUUCAGGUUUUAUAAAGAUUGUACUUGUUUGUUGCGAUGGAAUUGGUACCAAUAGCCUCACUCUGGUUGCUAGCAGGUGCAGUUUUCCCUCUCAGGUGAAAAAGAACUUUGAAGUGACAGACUUAUAUCCUUGUUCCAGAAGUUCGAUAUUUUUGGAAGCGAUGAGCUUUGAGGUCAGUCGAGUUUCUACAUUCCUGUUUCAGAGGAGCUCUUCUUUAGUAUUGUACAUAUGUCUUGUACUCUUAGUAUACUAUAAUAGUAUAAGUGUGAUAUACCAGCAGCCGUGCCACUAGUCCUUGUUUAGAUAUUCUGAUAGGAUCUAAUACACCUGUGUGUAUACCUUCUGGGUGGCUCAUAGUUUCAUAUUGUAUCUAGUUACUGAGUCAGCCUCGUGUGUUAUUAGAAGGGUAAAAAAUAGUAUGUAUUAUGUACACCGGCUAUGUGUAACCGUUCUGCUGUGUACUUUAAUAUGUUUAACACUACCGUUGCGA